AAAAUGAUACCAGGAUUUAAAUAGUCAAGAAGGUGGAUAACGUUAACCCUGUUAAAUCUUCCAACUGUAAAAUGAUCUGAAUUCUUUUUGAGGCCAAAGUAAAAUUAUCAUUGUUCUCAAUUUGAGGCUACAAUCAUCGUCAUCAUCCAUCCAAACUGACACAAACAGACGCAGUGUGUGUGUGUGUGUGUGUGUGUGUGUGUGUCGCCCCUCCCUCGGUGACCCCCAAACCUCCGUCACAGAGUCUCACUGUUCAGUUCUCAUCCAAACAUGAAGCAGAAACACUCUCUGUUUGACAGGAUGGCUGCAGCGUCAUGUCCGUCACCUCUGGCCUUCAUCACCUUCAUCUUCAUCCUGUCAGGUGGACCGCUGAUGUCUGUGUCCUGUUUUAAAGUGACAGAAGGGGGCGUGGCCUCUCUGUCCUGUCAGUACUCCGUGAAGCGAUUCGGUCUGAGUCGGGUCUGUUGGGGUCGAGGCUGCGGGACCUUCUGGUGCAACAACAUCCUGGUGCAGACAGACGAGAACGGUGCCAUCUCCAAGGUGGACGGCAGGUACCAGCUGACAGGGGACAUCCUGGAUGGACAGAUGGACCUGGACAUCCUGAAUGUGCGGAGGACAGACAGCGGGCCGUACUGCUGCAGGGUCAACGUUGACGGCCUGUUUAACGACAAGAAGAUGAUCAUGAACCUCAGGGUGGUCAAAGCACCAUCCACCAAUCCUCCUCAAACAACCACAACCAUGGUGAUGACAACCAGCAGAGUCACAGAGGCGAGGGCCACUGAGGUCUCUACAGAGCUGACCACCACAGUCAACUGGAAAACCCUGCUGUCGUCCCAGCUGGACCUGCUGAGGAGGAACUCCACGCUGCUGCGCUCUGACGCCAUCACUGUGGAGGAUCCUCUACCGUCCCUGUCUCUUCAGAUCAAUGCUCCCGUCCUCUCGCUCUCCCUCAGCGUUUUGCUGCUCGUUGCUGCAGUUUUCCUCUUCCUGGCCUUCAAACGUAGGAUCUACAGAGGCGGUUUAAAGACAGCAUGUUUGUCCUCAGAUGAACCGCCUCACAUCAUCUACGAGAUCCGCAUGAGGAGACCAGUGCAGGAGAACAUCUACACUCUGGACUAGAACAUUCAUGGCACAGAAACAAACGGCCUCUUCACAAAGACAGAACUAUAAAAAAGUCCGGAUCCAGCCUGGGAUUCUAUGUCUUACUUCUAAUGAGUCUGACUCUUUAACUGCGGCUUAAAGCAACAUUUAUCCAUACGGGGGUAAAAGGACAGGGAUGAUUUUGUUUUGAAAAAGUCUGUUUUCUUGGCUUAUAGAUGUACAAUGGAAAAUAUAAGUGUAUAAUCAAAACUCAAACAGAAUCAUUCACACGGACCAGAUAUGCUGAGUAAGAGCUGCAGUUUGCAGUUGACAUGUUUUCAAUUUUUGUAUUUUAUAUGUUUUAUUCCUGCAAUAUGAUUUUGCUGUUGGUAGAAAAACCAAGCAAGUUUCAUAUCCUGUGUUUGCUGAUUUCUGAUAAAGCUCUGUGUUAGUUUCAGCAUGUGAGACUGAGGCUGGAAGAAUAAUUUGUAAAGUUGUAACACCCCAUGAACUUGUAGCUACAUUUCCAUUGACCAUAAAGUUGUGCAAAUUGGAAUUACAAAAAUAAAUUGGCUUAAUGGAAACGCAGCAGUUUUGAAAAACUCAUGUUUCCGCUGUAUUGAAAUUGAUGUUUUGUGAAAUUACAAUGGAAACACUAUUUUUGCAUCACACGAGUCACAAAAGUUGGAAAGUGUUGGAUCCAUAUUGCUGACACCAAUUCCCCAAAAAUGCAGCAUACGCAGCUGCUUCCAGGCGCAGACGUUGAGCUCUUCGGUGAUCUUUCACUGUGGUUUUAAAUAGUUUCAUGUCAUACUUUGGUUAAACAAUAAAAACACUGACAUAACC